UUCCACCCCCUUCCGUACCUAAGGUCCAUGUAGCUUAGCCGAAAGCCGUCAGCCGUCAGGCGCGAGGCGCGAGGCGCCCCAGACCCGAAUGCCUGCGGAGCUGAGCAAAUGGUUAAGGUACGAGUACAGUACCGUCACCGUCCCAGAGUCAGUUCCAUUUGGUUUAUCUCACCUCGCCACCAAACCGCCCUCGCCCUCUAUCUUUUCAUCAUCGACUGCACUUCGGGACGUUCACUGGUUCGCACUAGCCCGCCAUCAUGCUCACAGAAAGAGAGCUACAGAUAAGCCCCAUCGUGCAGGAAUCGGUCGCGCACAACACCAAGACCCUCGCAACCCUCCGCAAUCUCACAGCCUCACUCUUCGGUAUUGGCGCCGGCAUUUUGGGUCUUGAAUCCUACCCAGGAUUUCUCUUCUACUUCUUCUUCACAGUACUCACUUCUGCUCUCGUAUAUGCAUUCCGCGUUCGCCCGGGGAUUGUUCAAGAAACAGAGUCUCAAGGCACAGCAGGGGUUGAGAGAUAUUUUAAGGGAAGCUUGGAGCUUUGGACAGGAGGCUUGAUAGAGGGGCUGAGUGGCUUUGUUUUGACGUGGACCUUGUUCUAUGGGCUUGUUCGGGCGUAGAAGAUUGGGGGAUGGACUCUGGCGGUGUAGGAUAAAACGGGAAGCAUUUCCAGAUCGUGACGUUCAGAACGGCGUUAUGGUUCUCUUACUACAUCAGGUGUUGGAAGGGACGAAUGUUACCAAUACUUGGACUUGGACUUCUGAUUGUGUUGACCUGACUACAA